AUGAUUCUUGACUUCCUCAACAAGUCUCUUGUGAAUGACCAAUUCUUCCGCACCCAUUUUCGAUUUGUUUGCUUGGAGCAUUUGGAGGUUGAAAGCUUCGCGUUGAGUCCAACUAAGAAUCUCCGUGGAGUCCACGACUCUAUCCAUUGCCGUACCUCGUUGUCUACCCCCAUCAGAACCUUUCAAACGUUUCGAAGAGUGGACGCCCUCGCCGCUCGAUGCGAAACGUUGACAUUCGCGGAGAACUCGCCAAGCUUGGACGCGGAGAACUCGACAUUCGCGGAGAACUCGACAUUCGCGGAGAACUCGCGGAGAACUCGCCAAACUUCAAAUCUAGCCUCACAUGGAGAAUCAAGGCUGCCAUAUGUAGGGCAAGUGUUCAGUUCUUUAGACGAGGCAUUUGACCUAUAUGGAUUGUAUGGAUAUUCAUGUGGGUUCGAUGUCCGCAAAGGCACGACUAGGAAAGGCAAAUAUGGUCAGAUAAUAUAUCAAACAUUUGUUUGUAUCAGGGAAGGAAUUAACCCGGGUACCAAUGAUGAGCAUGCAGAGACGCAAUCAAAAACUAAAAAGAGGCGACGUAGACCCUCUACCAGGUGCGAUUGUAGAGCAAAUGUCAUAAUGAAAAGACGGGACAGCGGUGAAUACUUUGUUAGCGUUUUCAAUGAAGCUCACAAUCACAAAUUAAUUUCUGAAGAUUGUCGCCAUUUCAUGAAAUACAAUCGGAAGGUCGAUUCUUCACAUCAACUGAUUAUGCUUAAAUGUGCUAAGGUUAAUAUUAGCCCAAUGCGUGCAUUUAGACUAUUCAAAGAAUUGGUUGGAGGCUAUGAAUAUGUGGGGUGCACAAGCAAUGAUUUCAAAAAAAAAUCAUACCAAAUGAACAGUUAUCCUGAUGGCUCCGAUGCUCAGUUGUUGUUGGACAGAUUAAUCACUAAUCGUGAUCUUGAUGACCAGUUCAAGGUUGAGUACCUGCUAGAUGAAUGUCAGAAGGUGAAGAGCAUAUUCUGGAGCGAUGCCAUUGGUGUACAAAACUAUAACAUUUUUGGAGAUUAUGUUUCAUUUGAUGCAACAUACACUACAAAUCGAUACAGCAUGAUAUUUGUACCAUUCACCGGGAAGGACAACCAUGGUGGUUGCGUUACAUUUGCAGCCGGGUUACUAACCAGGGAGGAUGUGCAUUCAUACUCAUGGAUCUUGAAAUUUGUCGACUGCAUGGGCCACAACCCAACCAUGUUGAUAACAGACCAAGAUCCGGCAUUGAAAAUUGCUGUUGAAAACGUUAUGCCUGAUACAAGACACAGAUUCUGCAUGUGGCACAUAAUGAUGAAGGUAGCACUGAAGCUUCCAAUAUCACUUCGGGAGAAUGCUGAUUUGACGAGCAUAUUAUAUGAUGUGGCUUGGUCGGAGUUGGAUGAACCUAGCGAGUUUGAAGAAAAGUGGUUAGGGGUCAUAAAUGAAUAUGGUCUGGCAGACAAUUCGUGGUUUUCAGACAUGUUCUCCAAGCGCAAGUAUUGGAUUCCAGCAUAUUUCCGUGAUUUGAGGAUGAGCGGACUUUUCAGAAUUACGUCCAUGUCAGAAAAUGAGAAUAGUUUUUUCCGUAAAUAUUUGAAUCGGAAUUCUAACUUGGCUUCUUUCUACAUCCACUAUGAAAGUGCUAUGCAGGCUCAGAGGCAUUUCUACAAACAAUUGUGCAUGACUGACCAGACAACCACUCCUAAAUUGAAGACACACACGCCUAUAGAGCAGCAUACGAGUCGCAUCUAUACCACGAAGAUUUUUUUGGAUGUGCAGAUAGAGAUCACCGAGGCAUUCAACCAUUGUCGCAUAAAAUCCAUGGACACAGCACACGAAGACCAUAUGUAUGCAGUGGAUGACCGAUCCAAUGGGGUGCCCAAUGUUGCUUAUAAUAUGGUAGCCGAUACCUUUAUCUGUUCUUGCAAAUUAUUUGUGAAGAAAGGAUUGGUAUACAGACACAUGUUUGUUGUGAUGCAUAACAUUGGUCUCAAAGCUAUUCCUGAGAAGUACAUUCUUGAUAGGUGGCGGUAG